CACAUGUGGAUGGAAUCCACCUUUGUGCAGUCCGCCAUGGCGCUGGGCCUCUCCUCCAAGAAGGCCUCCUCCCGCAACGUGGCCGUGGAGCGGCGGAACCUCAUCACCGUGUGCAGGUUCUCGGUGAAGACCCUGUUGGAGAAAUACACCGCAGAACCCAUUGACGAGUCUUCCGAGGAGUUUGUCAACUUCGCUGCCAUCUUGGAACAGAUCCUAAGCCACCGCUUCAAGGGCCCCGUCAGCUGGUUCAGCUCGGAUGGGCAGAGAGGUUUCUGGGACUACAUCCGGUUGGCCUGCAGCAAGGUACCCAAUAACUGCGUGGCCAGCAUCGAGAACAUGGAAAACAUCGGCACGGCCCGGGCCAAGGGUCGGGCCUGGAUCCGGGUGGCACUGAUGGAGAAGCGCAUGUCGGAGUACAUCGCCACCGCCCUCAGGGACACCCGCACCACGCGAAGAUUCUACGACGACGGGGCCAUCAUGCUGCGGGAAGAGUCCACUGUGCUCACCGGGAUGCUCAUCGGCCUCAGCGCCAUCGACUUCAGCUUCUGCCUGAAGGGCGAGGUGAUGGACGGGAAGACGCCCGUUGUCAUCGACUACACGCCAUACCUCAAGUUCACGCAGAGCUACGACUACCUGACGGACGAGGAGGAGCGGCGCAGCGUGGGGAGCAGCACGAGUGAAGACAGCUCCCCCGAGCUCCCCUACCUGCCCCUGGUCACCGGUGAGGACAGCUGCUACAGCAAGUGGCGCAAAAUGGAGCACAAGUUCCGCAUCGUCUAUGCCCAGAAGGGAUACCUGGAGGAGUUGGUGCGGCUUCGGGAAUCCCAGCUCAAAGACCUGGAAGCCGAGAACAAGCGACUGCAGAGGCGACUCGACGAGGCGACCGGGCAGCACCAGCUGGAGAAGAGAGAGCUGGAGGGUGUUAUCCUGGAGCUGCAAGAGCAGCUGACAGGCCUGAUCCCCUGUGAACAAGCCCCCCUGGUGCCCCCCUGCAAGGAGCUGGUUGCCCCGCUGGGCGCCCAGUGGCCAUCGCUGGGCACGCUCAACGGGCCAGAGGGCGGGCAGGAUGCCAAGCUGUACCGGAGGCACAGCCUGGCCAGCGCGGAGCAGCUGUCCGGCGAGGGCAGCCUCAGCUCCGACUCGCAGCGGCUGGGGGAGGACAAGCGAGACGGGAAGCCCUGGGGGCCCAUCGGGAAGGACCCGACGCCGUCCAUGCUGGGACUGUGCGGCUCCUUGGCUUCCAUCCCCAGCUGCAAGUCUCUGACCAGCCUGAAAUCCAACGAAUGCCUAGUGAGCGACAGCCCGGAGGCCAGCCCUGCCCUCAGCCCCAGCUGAACCCCCGGGGCGACCCCCAAGGACACCCCCGGGGCCAACCCACCGUGCCCGGCCCAGCCACCUCGCCUUCUUCUCUCCCUCUCCGGGAGCCAUCCAGGGGGGAGCCGGGACUUCGCUCCUGGCAUCCCAGAGAGGCUCAAACCACUUCAGGAUGGACAUCAGGCCCAGGAGUCUCCAGUCCACGCCGGGCUCCACCCUAGAGGAGGCUGCAAGGCCUUGGGUCCGGCCUGGCCCUUCCCUGAGACGGACUCUGAAGGGGGGCGUUGGGGGUCUCUUCUGGGGUGGAGAGACUCAGGGGCAGUUUCCCGGCCUGGUCCUAUCCCCCUCCCCAGACCCUGAAGACGGUGUCAGCCCCUCGCCCAAUCCCCCCCAGACCCUGGUCUUGUGAGUGUCUGUUGCUAAGGCCCACAGGGUUACCUGCCUCUUCUACCCUCGCCCCCCACCCUUAGCAGCUCUGCCACCAGAGCCGCCAAUAAAGCCAGAGAACGGACAGAAGUUGGUUCUACGCGUGUGUGGAUGGAGGGGAGGG